GCAGCAGGAGCAGGAGCAGCAGAAGGGCCUAGCCAGCUAGGCGCGGCCUCGUCCCGCAACAGGACUCGGGCGUGGUAGGCAGGUGCGAAUUUAGCUUUCGUGGACCUACCCUGUCCCCGAGCGGAUCUCCUUUAGACGCACGCUAUAUAAGCUGUCCCUGUUGGGAGGAGGAGGCCCCUGCUGCAGCUCUCAGCACAAGCUACGCAGAAUGCGACAAGCCCAGCCAGCCUUCGAUCCUGAGGGGCUGGCUGGGCUGGGCUGUGUUGUGGCUCGAGGGGGAACGAGAACGGUUUUUGUUAGUUAGACCGCAGCUAAACUGAAAUGCUCGGAGUUGAAAUGGGGCCCCGAGUCAACUCGGACAUGGAUUGCCUCGAGACUCGAAGCCUUUUCUUCGUGGCCCUCGUCCCCCUCCUCGCACAUCCUCGUCGCCUCGUCUUGCCUUCCCUCGUCUUGCCAGCCCGCUCGCCCGCUCGAUCGUUCUCGCCCGUCGCUUGCUGGAGCGGGGAGGAGAUCGGGAGGAAGGACUACUCGAGGGGCAGAGGAAGAGGUCGAUUUGGGGGAGGAUGGCUCGUAAGGACUCGAAUCCUCAGAGGCGAUGGUCGUUGUCGACGCCGACGUCGCCUCUGUCCAGAGAGGACUCGCAGGUCGGCUACCCGGGCGCUAGCUCGCGAUUGGCACCUUACCAUCACCCUCACUCCCACGCGCACCCGCACCCGCACCCGGGAUCGUUCUACUCCGCGAGCCCCACUCUGAGGCCGGUGGCCUGCAGGAAGAUACGGAACGACAUCAGCGCCGAGGAGAAGCAGGAAAUUUGCAUGGCCUUUGAGCUUUUUGAUUCCCGUAAGAUCGGAAAACACAAUCUCCGCGACCUCAAGGUAGCCAUGAGAGCUCUGGAUUUCCCGGUUAAGAAAGCCGACUGUCGCAAGUUGAUGGAGAAGUACUGCAAAGAUGGAUCGGAUGAGGUUGAUAAGGAUGAGUUCAUGGAGAUUCUUACAGCUAAGUACCAAGAAAAGGAUCCGGAUGAGGAUCUAGCAAAAGCAUUCCGCUUUUUCGAUGAAGACAAUACUGGAAAGAUCUCGCUCAAAAACCUGAGGAAGAUCGCUCGAGACUUGGGGGAGCACAUCACGGAUGAUGAGCUUGCCGCCAUGAUAGAUGAAUUUGACAAAGAUGGCGAUGGCGAAAUCAGCGAGACCGAGUUCCUAGGAAUCAUGAAGAGAGACGAUGCCGACAGUUGAUCUAUCGAUCAGGUUGCAAGCUGACAUGACAGGUGAUGGCUCUGCAUGUGGACAGGGGGGCUGGCUGGCUAUCUGGCUAUCUGGCUGGCUUCUCGACGAAAUUGACCCGACAGGACAAAAUUGAAAGACGAACUGAAUCGGUUCAGGUUCGUGGACAUUCAAACCGAGUCCAUUGACCGUGUACCCGGAUCAUUCACUGAGUGACUCACAACUGGAUCCGAGUGUUGAGAUCCCGCCAGGCGAGUUUCGGAAGCUUGUACUUGGACGAGUUGUACAGAUUGAUCGGUCUCGGUCCGUGGUGCGUUGAAUCAACUCCAAGGCUUUGGCUCAUGAUGGUGAUAUGAUGAUGAGUGGUACAUGAGGCCGGUCUACUCUUCAGUGCAGUCCUUGACUUUGUUCGAGGUCUGAAGAGCCUGCAGAAUAAAGCGGAGACCAGGAAGCAGCGUCCGACGGGAACCUCGACGGUCCACGAAAGGGACUGGACUGUACAAGAACCUCCUGCUGCUGUUGCUGCUGCUGCUGCUGCUCUUGUCAUUGUGUCGUGCGGAGACCGCUUGCUCUCCCUCUGACUCGCACUCUCUCUUUCACUCCAUCUCUCUCCCACUCUCGACAAACUUACGCAGUCGGACGCCGCCAUAUCAACCUCGAUGUUCAUGACCGCAUCUUUUGAGAAUCUGUUAUGCUUCAUUUGAUUCGACGACGGUUUCUGCCCAUGGCACAUUAGGUCCGAGUCUAAUGAUACCAAAUUAGUCUCAACGAGAUUAGGCUUUAAUACUGAUCUCCAGUGUUAAUUAUUUUGUUCCCGAAGUGCUGUAAAAGCCUUUGCUUCGCAGCUGCUGGCUGGGGCGGCGGUGGACCGUCGAGCGGCGAGCUCGUGUUGUAGUCUUCGAUGUCCGCAUGCCUCGAGCAUGGGACGGGGUUUGAAUGUAAAGUCAUCAUCUGAAUAAGCUUUUCCGAACGCGUCGCUUUUAAUGUUCAAUGUUUCCAGUUGUGCAAAAGUAUUCGGCGGAUGCCUCCCUCGGCUAUUAUCUUUUGGCCUCAGCCCGAGGAGGACGAUGCAUGCCCGCUCGGUCGCUGCUCCCGAGAGUAAACGCAUCUCGUGAAGACCUACGCAGCGUCUCGUCGCAUCGUCGCAAUUAAUCGUCGAUCGGCGUGUUCGAUAUUUCCUCUUCGAUCCGGCGCAACGCUGAACUGUUCGGAUGUAUCCAGCAGUGUCCGUUUCGGUGCCCCUUAUGAAG